CGGCUCUCAGCGCGUCAGGCCAGUUUUCAUGGCUUCAUCCUAAAGAUCAAGACCUACAUAUGCUGCAGGAAUGGGACGGCUUCGGAAUAUCCACUCACUUUUGGGAUCCUCAAAACAUUAGUUAAUGGCCAUUACACAGUCUGGAGCAGGUGCACUGUGGGUAAAAAGCUGCGGUGUGUCAUUUGCACCGAGUGGCGACAACACUGUGUGAUUCUGAUGAGCCGGAAAGUUGAAGAAAAAGAUCUUUGUAAGGGAAUCUCUGCCACAAACUGGAACCAGAUUCUCUUUUGGACAUAACUUGCACACAUUUCUCGGAGGAGACUUACCGUAAGGGCAGAUUGGAUGCAUUUGUCACCGGAUAUGAUGAACAUGGUGGACGAUGGCUGCCUCUCAACGGACAACUACCACGACCUCGGGAAAGGUUGUGGGUCAGGGAUGGGAGGCCGUGUCCACAGCAUCGACGUGAUUCUGGGCUUCAGUAAGGACCAGGAUCCUCUGCUCGACCCGGUGGGGCCUGUCGGCACACACAAAGUGGACGAAGAGGAGAAACAAGUGACAUCUGACCUCUACGGUCACCUGCAAAGUCUUCCGGAUAGUUCACAGCAGUCAGCGUUUCAUGAUACUGAACUUUUCUCCACGGAGAAGUGCGACGCAGAUUUGGGAGAUCCUCAGAGCAAUGUGGAGAGCGACAGCCGCUCCCCGGACCCUCCUGAGGAGGAUCAACCUAAAAAGAAACACAGACGCAACAGAACAACCUUCACCACCUAUCAGCUACACGAGCUGGAGCGCGCCUUUGAGAAGUCCCACUACCCGGAUGUCUACAGUCGAGAGGAGCUGGCGAUGAAAAUCAACCUCCCAGAAGUCCGCGUUCAGGUGUGGUUCCAGAAUCGACGUGCUAAAUGGCGGAGGCAAGAAAAAAUGGACACUGGGAGCAUGAAGCUCCAUGAUUCGUCCAUGCUGUCCUUCAACAGACUGACCAUGGCUCCCAACAUAGGGCCAAUGACCAAUUCUCUGCCUCUGGACCCUUGGUUGUCCUCGUCGCUCUCCAGUGCCACUCCUAUGCACAGCAUCACGGGCUUCAUGGGACCAGGCCAAAGUCUCCAGCCCACCUAUACGGGUCAUCCCGGCUUUCUGAACUCUUCUCCAGGCAUGGUGCAGGGAAUGCAACCCAUGCCACCACCUCCUUACCAGUGUCCCCCAGCAUUUAAUGACAAAUACCCUCUGGAAGACGUGGACCGCAGCUCUAGUAUCGCAGCUUUGAGGAUGAAGGCCAAGGAGCACAUUCAGUCCAUGGACAAAACCUGGCAACCCAUGUAACAGGAAAACGGGGAGCGGUAGAUUUUAUUUGGGACUCAUGGAUACAUUUUUAGAAGGGUAUCUUCACAGCACUACAUGCUUGGAUUUACAGCCGAGGAAUUGGUUUUGUUUUGGCACCAAACAGGGUUGACAAGUCUGCUGUUUUACAUUUAGAAUUGAACUACUUACAGUACACUUACUAGGUUUUUACUAGGUUUCUUACUAGGUGGGUUAAAGCUAUCUCUCAUCCACAAAAGGCGGUUUUGAUGGAGUGGACCCUCGACAAACUAUGGAAAAAAACAUGAAUUGUCUAUUUUUGGGCUAUUUUUUCGUCCAGAUCUGACAAACAAAGCACUAACAGUUUGUGAUCAUGGCAUCUACAGUAAGGUGUUUCUUACUUACUCCCCACAAAAUGUUGAACUCCUUAGGAUUCAGGAUCGUAGCCUGUGCCAAGCUUCUCUUCUCCUCCAGGUCGAAGACUCGCAUUUGAAGAGGCACAUUUGUAAUUUAACAGGACAGCGCAGCUCAGGACAACUGAUACCUCAAUGCCUGUUCAGAUUUUAAUUUCACGUUCUACCAUCUAGAAAUGAGAAAUCACUUGACUUUGAUUUAAAAGAAAAUGACUCUCUAUGGUCAAAUACUCUAGAAACAGAAUGUUUUUUAUUGAAUUGUUAUUUUACACGAGUAGCUGCCUCAUCAAGCUAUGGAGUGAAGUUGUUUCUAAAUCAUUAGCACAUAUUUCAAUCAUGCCACAAUCCUGUUCUUGCAAUUCGACGUGUUCAUAAGAUAAUUAAAAAUGAGUCUGAGGUUCAGCGUU